UUUUACAAAAGCGUGUUAGUAAAGCGAGCGAGGGUUGGACAAUUAAUGUUACUACUGCUGCACUGCACUUCCUCUUGCUCCUCAAAUACUAUUGAUAAAUAAAACCUUUACUCUACAGGCUUGAAAAACAUUCUUUCUUGCAUCUAUUUCCAAACUGAAAAGGAAAAAGUAAGAAAAAAUAUGCAGGCUCAAACAGCUUAUAAGUUCAUUCUCUGGACUCUGGUAACAUUGUCAUCUCUUACAUCCCAAGGAUGGGCGGUCAAGUGUGCUGCCGGCGAUCACGCACCUACGGUGAAUCAAACACAGGUGGGAGUGGGAAGCCCUCCAAAAUUCUUGGUGGAAAUCCGUAACAACUGCCCCAUGUGCCCAGUCAUUAAUGUCCAUCUCAAGUGUGGGAGCUUCCCUCAAGCCCUCGUCAAUCCUAGGCUGCUCAAAGUGCUUGGUUCUGAUGAUUGUGUCGUCAAUGCUGGGCUUCCAUUGCAGCCCCUGCAAAAGCUUUCUUUCAACUAUUCUCACAACAAAUUCUUACUCCGCCCCGCCAUUUGGUAUUUCCAGUGCGAGUAAUACUAGCUUGCUUCUCUGGCUACUCAUACCCCACCAUGCUUUUAAUUAUACAUUAUCCUUAUUACCCACUUAUCUCUUAGUAUAAUAGUAUAUCUGGCUCUCUCUCUCUCCCUCCCCAGUAGAUUAUUAUUCUUCACUGUUCUAUUUAAAACAGAACCAAAGAAGAAACUCGAUUUCACUGUUGUGAUAUCUACUGAAAAUGUUAACUGGAAAGUGUCAAAUGUGCUCUAAAUAUGUUUAAUUAAACACCAUGGUCUUACAAAUAA